ACAAAUCUGUUUCAUUUGCUUUAUAACAGUACUAUAUUCUCGUAUAAAACCUGCCAAACUGUUUACUCAUUCAAAGACACCAAAGCCAUGAGUCACACCAAUAAUGCUAAAUACUCAAUAAAUCUACUUUAAGCGGUGCAUGACCCCUGCAUGAUCUGCCAGUGGAGGGCACUCGGUUUAACUAAUACAACUCCAGCUACGGCGUCUCCGUUUGGACAAAAAGUAUCGUUUGAAGUCCAUCAAUGACGAUGGGGGACGCGAUUUUUGAAGAAUUAGAAGAUUUGAUGCAUUUUUCUGUCGCCGAUUUACCCGCUCGUGGAUAUGCAGUCAUGGGGGAGAUCCGGCGACAAGGCAAACUCUGCGAUGUGACAUUAAAAGUAGGAGAGCAUAAGUUCAGUGCUCAUAGGAUCGUCCUGGCUGCGUCUAUCCCAUAUUUCCAUGCCAUGUUUACCAAUGACAUGGUGGAAUGCAAACAGGAUGAGAUCAUCAUGCAGGGCAUGGACCCCAGUGCACUUGAAGCCCUUAUAAACUUUGCCUACAAUGGACACAUAGCCAUAGACCAACAGAACGUCCAGGCUCUGCUGAUAGGAGCCAGUUUCCUGCAGCUUCAAAAUGUCAAAGAUGCCUGCUGCUCGUUUUUACAACAGAGGUUGCAUCCGAAGAACUGCCUUGGUGUGCGUCAGUUUGCAGAAACCAUGAUGUGCACGACGCUUUAUGAUGCAGCCAACAGCUUCGUUCACCAGCACUUUGUGGAAGUGUCCAUGUCGGAGGAGUUCCUGGCGCUCAGGUCUGAGGAAGUCCUUGAGCUUGUGGGCUGUGAUGAGCUAAAUGUCCAAGCAGAGGAGCAGGUCUUUGACGCUGUUCUCGCAUGGGUGAGGCAUGCACUUGACGAACGAGAGUCUCGAUUGCCCGAGUUAUUGUCUAAAACGCGCCUGCCCCUGUGCCGACCCCAGUUCCUGGCUGACCGAGUCCAACAAGAUGAGCUUGUGCGCUGCUGCCACAAAUGCAGGGACCUUGUCGAUGAGGCGAAAGAUUACCAUCUCAUGCCGGAGCGAAGACCCCACCUCCCAGCUUACAAAACACGGCAAAGAUGUUGCACAUCUAUAGCAGGCUUAAUCUAUGCAGUCGGUGGUCUCAACAGUGCUGGUGACUCCUUAAACGUUGUGGAAGUAUACGAUCCAAUUGGAAACUGCUGGGAGCGAUGCCAACCGAUGAGCACAACCCGAAGUCGAGUGGGUGUUGCCGUUGUAAAUGGACUGCUUUAUGCCAUCGGUGGAUACGACGGCCAGUCGCGCCUCAGAACCGUAGAAGUUUACAACCCGGAUACUGACUCGUGGACCAAAGUUGCCAGCAUGAAUACUCAGCGCAGUGCAAUGGGAACAGUUGUGGUUGAUGGACACAUAUAUGUCUGUGGUGGAUAUGAUGGCAAAUCCUCUCUAAAUUCAGUCGAGUGUUAUUCCCCAGACACUGACAGAUGGACAGUAGUUACAGAAAUGAGCGCGAGCCGCAGCGCUGCCGGUGUUACUUUGUUUGAAGGCAGAAUAUUUGUAUCAGGUGGUCACGAUGGUCUGCAGAUAUUUAACACGGUGGAGUACUACAACCACCAUACAUCCUUGUGGCACCCUGUUGCUCCCAUGAUGAACAAGCGGUGUCGGCAUGGCGCUGCAGCUUUGGGCAGCAAUCUUUAUGUGGCUGGAGGUUACGACGGCUCUGCGUUCCUCAGUGGAGCGGAGGUAUAUAGCUCGGUGGCCGAUCAGUGGAGCCACCUAGUGGCCAUGAACACUCGGCGCAGCCGCGUUUCUCUGGUGGCCAACUGCGGGCGACUCUAUGCGGUGGGAGGUUACGAUGGACAGUCUAACCUUAGCUCUGUGGAGAUGUAUGAUCCAGAAACGAACCGCUGGACGUUUAUGGCACCGAUGGUGUGCCACGAAGGUGGGGUAGGGAUGGGCUGUAUACCCCUACAGCCUUCUUAACGCCACAAACCUCCUCAGCCCAAAAGGACAUUAAAAAAGAAAAACGGUUUUUGUACCAUCAAAAUGCAUUUAUGAUCAUGAUGUCAUGACCUUACUUGACAUGUUUGCAUCAGGUACUAUACAGGCUUUGUAAAGAGCCUCAAGCAGAUAUGCCAGUAUACCUUUAACGGUGAUGUCAUAAAAUCCUGUUUUUGUUCUUUUGGCAACCAAACGAAGAAUUUGUGCACAUAUUUUGCAAUGUCUUUUUAAAAUACACGCAAGAAGACUUCCCAGAAUUGGGUUGCAUGAUUGCAAAAACACAUUUGGUGGUUAUAAAGAAUAUAACGGGAAGAAACUAAAUGUGCUUACUAGGGGAAAAACUAAUUCUCAUGUUGUACUGUAGUAAGAUGACAGAUGGUGUUAACAGCAUGUAAGUGUGGACGUAUAAAAGCAUCAUGUUUUGGGAUAUAAUCGUGUACAUGUUUUUCCACUAAGAAAGAUAUUCUAGACGGGUAAAAGUUGACAACUGUUAACCCAUACCAUAAUUGGGAGAGUAUAAUCAAAUAGGUUUGAUUAAUAAGGAAAAGUUUAUUAUAUUUAGGUUGAUUUGGGAUAUCGCUCAUAUGAAUGUCGCUGUUUUGCAGGACAUUGUGGCAGCAAGCUGCUUAUCUGUCCUGUAUCUGCAAAACAUCUGCUAGAUGUGCCAUGAUGACCCAUUUCUAUUUCACAUAAAAAUCAAUACUUGAUUCACUUGCGACUAUAAAAGAAAGCAUUAACACGUUACAAUAAGGUUGCAUCUGUUAACAUUAGUAAAUACAUGACACGUAUUAACAUUGAGCAGUUUAGUGUUUUAGUAUUUAUAUCAACACAGUUAUUCACGUUAGUUCAUUGUGCAUUAACUAGUAUCAACUUUUGAUUUUUAAAUGUAUUAGUAAAUGCUAAAAUUAACAUGAACUAAGAUUAAUAAAUUCUGUUGAAGUAUUGUUCAUUGUUAGUUCAUGUCAGCUAAUGCAUUAACUCAUGUUAACAAAUACAACUUUAUUGUAAAGUGAUUUUUCCAUCAGGGUUAGGUGUUUGGGAGAUCUGUAUUUCCUUUAUGUUUGGACCAAUUAUGUAAUGGAUGGUUGUGAUGUACCUGCCCUAUGUAAUUUUAGGGUUUUUAAUUGCGAGAAUCAGCACACAUACCAAAAACCAGGCAUAUUGAGAUUAACUGACAAAGUCCAGAGCGAACCCUACAGCUCAGAUACAGUCUGUGCUUUCAGGUUUACUUACUAUUGUGGCAUCAGGUUCUCUUAGAAAAGUUAUGGGUGUGGACAUUCCCUAGUGUUUUGUGAAAAGAUAUUGUUUUGUCGAAAUCAUGUGUCAUGACUGUAAGGUAUUGACUGUAUGGAAGUGUAUGCUUUCAUUUUUUUUAUGUUCUUUGCUUGCUUUUAAUUUGAAAUAACACAAAGCUAUAUUUGGGAUUACUGACUGUGAAUUUUUAACACGGUUUAUAUUUUCUUUACCUGCACUGCAUCUCUGCUGAUUUCAUUUCGUGAUUACUUUGUAUUAACUUCCAAUCGCGGUGCAGUAUGUACUAUUUUCAUUUUUUUAAGACUUUAAUUUAUUAAUAGCUGUAGGUUUUCUUUUCGUUUCAUAGCAUUGCACAUAGUAGUUUAUCUGUCAAAUGAGAAUCAAGUUUACGUUUUACAGAAUUCUAAUAUAUGUAUGUAUGUAUGUAUGUGUAUAUAUAUUUGGAUUAGUGAAUUUCUUUGUGUUGAAUAUACUUCUGCUACCUCUGUGUGAGAUGGGAGAGCUCAACAGGGACAGGAGGCAGUCGCCCUGUGACUUUAAAAAAAAAAACAUUUAAAGGAAAACACCACCAUUUUUCAAUAUUUUACUAUGUUCUUACCUCAACUUAGACAAAUUAAUACAUACCUAUCUUUAUUUAAUGUGUGCACUUAAUCU